AUGAGUACAAACCCAAGUGAUUCAAAUUAUGGAUACACAUUUUUGUUGGAUAACCGGCAACUAAUGAAGCUACGAUCUUCGUAUCACUACAAGGAAAGUAUUCAAACGCUACAAAAGUCUGUAGCUCAAACAGUUUACAUUGGUUUUCGUCAGUUGAAUAAACAGGAGAUAAAUGCUUACACUGAAGCAAAUCCUCCACGAAUUCCUUAUCCACAUAGAGAUCAAAUAAAUAACACAGCGCUUUCACGCUGGUUUUUAACAUCUUGCCUUUCUGCUUCGCUGGGAUCUUCAACACGAUGGUCAACGAAUAAGUGCCGAGUAGGUCCCAAGACUACUAUUCAGCAGACUGACUGCAUAUGCGAUGAGUUGUCUACGUUCACAACCGGUUGGCUCGAAUUACCCAACAAUAUUGAUUUCGACUAUGUAUUUGCUAAUAUUGAUUUUGAAAAGAAUCCUUCAUUAUAUGCUACAGAGAUUACAGUUGACAAUAAGGACCUAGAAAAGAUUGGUAUUACCCCUUUGGCUGAGAAUAAUCCAGAUCAUGGAUAUUUAUAUGAAGUUAUUGUGAGUACAGGACAUCGUAGAUGUGCAGGUACUGAUUCCAAAGUUUGCUUCGUUUUAUCUGGACAAUACGGUGAAACAGGUUGUCGUGUGCUUCAAGACCCUUACAGAAAAGUAUUGGGUCGUGGUCAUAUAGACAGAUUUUUACUUGCUUGUCCAAGACCACUUGGACCUCUAAUCUAUAUUCGUUUGUGGCAUGAUAAUUCUGGUGUGGGUGAUAAAGCAUCUUGGUACUGCAAUUAUGUUGGAGUGGUAGAUUUGCAAACUAGCGAAAAGUCACACUUUAUUGUUGAGAGCUGGUUUGCAGUUGAAGAAGGAGAUGGUCAAGUCGAUCGUCUAAUUCCAGUGACAAGUCAAGAAGAACUGUUGACAUUUAAACACAUGUUCAAUACUACGGUGUCACACAACAUGGCUGAAGAUCAUCUAUGGGUAUCAAUUUCGCCCGACCAGUUCAAAGUCGAUUCACAUGUGUGGAAAGAGUAG